UGGCAGCAUUAGAUUUAAUCAAUCUGUUUGGUAACAAAUGUAUUGAAUUGAGUUAAAGCAUAAAAGUUGUAAAUUUACUUAUCAAAAGUUUUAUUAUUCUUAAAUAUUAAACGGUACGGCAUUUGUGUGACAAUAAAUAAUAAACAAUUUAAAGAAUGCGGCAUUUAGUCUGGAAACUUCUUCUAAGUUGGUGAAAUCGAGGAGGAAAUCCGACGUUCAUAUAUAUGUAAGAUUGACAACACCUUAUAUUAUGGCAGAAGUGCAAAAAAAAAAACGUAAUGUACAAGUGUUUUUUAUGAAAAAUGUUGAACAAAUAGUUAUGAAUGUUCUUUAAUAUAUCCUAUGAACAAAUGGGCAAAUGUUGUAUAACAUUGACUUGAAAACAUCAAACAAGGAAGGAAACUAAACUAUAAACUCUAAUGUCGAAAUUACAGACUACUAUCGGGUUUGGGACUCAAAUAGCACCAAUGCCGCAAAAUGAAGGACAUAUGGACGAGUGCGUUUUGCAUUUACACAUGCCAAACAAGGGUAUGCGGCCAAUUAAUGUUAACGAGACAAACGACACUGUGCUACAUGUUAUUGAGCGUGCAGUACGUAGCUUAGUACCGGGUCACAUGCCGAAUCCACACUUUUACGCACUACGUCUAAAUAAUGUUGUAACAAAAGAAAUAUUAUGGAUGACGAGAUCGACAGGCAUGAAUCAGGUUAUGAAAUAUAUUUGGUACCCGAUUUGUCCAAAUUUCGAAUGUUCUAACUAUGAUAAUACAAAUAUCAAAAGUAGCAACAGAAGUUCGGUAAAUAGUGUUUGGCGGGCUGAGCUGCGGAUACGUUACAUUCCAAACAGUUUGGCGGAGUUUUACGAGGAAGACAAAACCAGCUGUUUAUAUUAUUUUGAUCAGGCUAAGCAAGAUUAUGUUUUGUCAGAUCCAACAAUCGAUGUCGAUACGGCGAUACAAUUAUGCUGUUUAGGUAUUCGACAUUAUUUUAAGAAUACCGUAAUCAAAGCGCCAGAUAAAAAACACCAUAUUGAUUAUGUUGAAAAGGAAAUCGGUUUAAAUUCUUUUCUUCCAAAAUCUGUGAUAAGUUCAGUAAAGCCAAAGAACUUGAAAAAGUUAAUUCAAGCUGGAUAUAAGAAGGUGUAUAAUUUGACGGACAUUGAAUACAUAACCAAGUUUUUCGAUCUACUCCAAACAUGUAAAAUUAAUGGAAAUGAAAAGUUUUCAGUCACAUUAAGCUCAGCAUGGAAUAUAUCUGGUUUCUUGUACAUCGGUUCACAAAUAGGCAUUUCCUACCAAACACAUCCACAAGCGGACCUGACAACCGUCGCAACAUUCAAAGACAUUAUUAAAAUUGUUACACUUGCUAUACCCAGGGAUAAUGUAAGUAAUCAAGCUAAAAAGCCAUUUGCUAACGCAGCCGCUACAGAUGAUAAAUAUAAUCCUUGUAAAUGCUGGGAGGUAAAAACACAAUUGAGAAUAACGACAAGAAGCAAUGAUGAAGACUUAGUAAUCACAUGUGAUGGCAUAAAUACGGCUGAAAGCAUUGCUGAUCUUAUUGACGGUUAUUGUUGCUUAAUACAAGGCAGUGGUUACGUGUCCAAAUGGGAACGCAACGAUGUGCACACUUUAAAUAGCAUAAAUAAUGGCUUGAAUGCAACAACCGCCGCUACAAAGGGUAAUCAAAACAACGGCUUAGACAAGGAAAAGCAUAAUGCGGAAGAUCAAACGGACGGUGGUGGUGCCACAAUUCAAACUAGCACAAAACCAAAACCUACUUUAACCGAAGAUUAUGCUGAAAUUGGUUUAAUCGACGAUGAGGGCGACUAUUCAACGCCAACUGCACGAAAUUAUGAAUUAGAAAGAUCUCAAAUAAAUCUGAAUGAUAAAAUUGGUGUUGGCCAAUUUGGUGACGUACACAUAGGCACAUACUUUCCGAAGGCUAAGAAAAAUACCAAAACGAAUGCAUUGAAUACUAUGGAAAUGAAAUCUUCGGUAAUUCAAGUAGCAGUUAAAACGUGCAAAGCAAGUGAUGAUCCACAAAAAAUGGAGCAAUUUUUGGAAGAAGCAUAUAUUAUGCAAAAAUUCGAUCAUCCACAUAUAAUUCGUUUGAUUGGUAUAUGCAGUGAGUCACCGAUUUGGAUUGUUAUGGAAUUAGCACGUCACGGCGAACUUAGAGCAUAUUUAAAGACCAACAGCAAGAAGCUUAAGCGUGGUACGCUGCUCCUCUACUGCUACCAAUUGUCGACAGCGCUGAGCUAUUUGGAAUCCAAGAAGUUCGUACAUAGAGAUAUUGCGGCACGAAAUGUUUUAGUCAGUUCGCCAACUUGUAUUAAGCUUGCUGAUUUCGGUCUCUCGCGUUGGGUGUCGGAUCAAUCGUACUAUCAUUCGAGCAUGUGUAUAUUGCCAAUUAAGUGGAUGGCGCCAGAGUCAAUCAAUUUUCGCCGAUUCACAAACGCCAGCGAUGUCUGGAUGUUUGGUGUUUGCGCAUGGGAAAUACUAAUGUUGGGUGUUAAGCCGUUUCAAGGUAUCAAAAACAGUGAUGUCAUAACGAAAUUGGAAAAUGGUGAACGUUUGCCGCUGCCCAAAGAUUGUCCGCCACGUUUAUACUCACUCAUGUCACAAUGCUGGGCACAUGAGCCAUCCAAACGACCCACGUUCCAGCGAAUCAAAGAAACGCUUUAUGAAAUUUUAGUGGAUGAGAAGAUUAGCGAUUCGGAAACGAUGAGGCGGGAGAACAGACGCGUAGCGGCUAUGUCCUGGAGUGGCUGUGAAGGCGAAGUACCACCAGUUAAACCGACUAGAACACCUUUCGAAGGAGAUUCUGCGCUGCAGUCAUCCAUCGUGAGCGAUAAGAAUCCAUUAAGCCCACAAACCUACAUUAUCGCACAAAACCCGGAAGUCUUGGCACGUUUAAUGAUGGAAAACGAGAAUCGCAGCAUUAAUCCAGCAGCGUAUACAACACCAGCAUCGGUAUUUAAUACAUUAGCUGUAGAAAUUGAUGAAACCAAAACUACUAAAGUCCCAAAUAGUUCAGAUGUGCCAUUGAAAAUGACUAAAUUACCGGCAUCUGAAUUGUUUAAGUUGGAUCCCAUAGCGGAUGAGCAAAACGUUUCGACAUUGACGCGUUUGAGCGGCACAAAAAAACAACAAAAUGCUUCGCUUAAAACGACCACUAAUGCUAACGAAACACAACCACUAUCUCUACCCUUACAUUGUAAUUGUCUAGAUCAAACCAAACAUUCCACGAAUUGCGCAUAUCUAAAUGCUAGUAAUGCUGUAGACGCUAACAUUAACACCACGGUGUACAUGCAGCCCUCCCGCCCGGAGGUGCCAAAUAAUUUUUGCACAAUCAGCACAGCUAAUAUGCACUGUCAGAAGCCACAAAUGCCAAAUAAUUUUGUUUUAUAUAAUCCACAAGCAAAUAUUUACGAUUUCCAACGCUUGCCAGUGGAUCCGAAAAUUACUAAAUCCGACUUGUUACGCCGUUGCAAUCCACAUUCUUAUGGCAGUUUAGAACGUAAUCAAGACACCUACAUAAUUGGUGCGGUUAAGCCAAUGCCAUCUAAAGGUGGUAGUUUGGAGCGCAAUCAAUCGAUUUCGAUUUCCAAUAAUUUCAUGCGCGAUUGGGUACAUCGUAGUAGUAGUUUAGAGCGUGCCACCACGUUAGAUGCCUAUGCCGGCAAUCAAAUACCGAAAACAAAUUUAUCAAAUAGCUUAGAACGUAACAUUUCAUAUCGCACAUAUCGCAAUCAAAUGAAAAGCUCCAUGGAAGCGGAACCAUUACAAGAAGAAAUCUACGAUUUCGGCGGUAGUAAUGUGAAAUCGUGCGCUACAAGCUCGUUAAAUCGUAAUCGCACUGCGGAUAUAAUACCACGUUUGCAAUCACAACGCGACUUGAGCGGUAAUUGCAAAUCUCAAACUAUUGUCGAACCAUUCGAUCCGAAAGUUUCACCCAACUCCACUUAUACGCCAAUGGCACCAGGUGGUAAAUCUUAUCCUACCACUAGCUAUGGCAUACCCAAGGACUUUAAUAUGCAUACCAUGCAACAAUUUCCCUAUCCAAUUAAUGAGAAUAGUGUGUUAGAAGCUGCAAAUUAUGCAGAUAAUAUACAUUUAGUGCAGCAAACGGCACAAACGACAGCCACAAGUCAGGAUGGCGUUCAUACUGCCGAGUGUCAACUUGGCGCACAGAAGAAACGCCUGAGCCUAGCAACCUCCAAUUCGGACAUAAAUGCCAUGGGCUAUUUCAAUUCCCAUCAUGGACCAUCCAGUUUACCCGAGUGUUCACCAAGUAUUAAUAAUUCAUUAGGCGCUUCACGUCCUCACACCCCCGACUUCAAAUUAGACACCCUCAAAAAUAGUACAUCCUCAAUAGAGAAUUCGUCGAGUAGUAAUUUUAAUGAUACACCAAGUGAUUCAAGGCCAAAUAAUGAUGCCAAACAGCAAAGCGUUAAUAAUAGUGGCAAUAAGCCAACGUUGGCAAUCGAUCGCAGCAAUGACGAAGUAUACAGUGCCACUAAAAAUGUGGUUAAGGCGAUAAUGACACUGUCGCAGGAUGUGGAGAAAUCCAAUGCCAAUAACUAUUUGUAUUUAGUACGAAAUGUAGGAAUUGAAUUGCGCGCCUUGUUGGCAUCCGUCGACCGACUGUCCAGGGUAUUUCCAACGCAGGCGCUUAGAGAGGUUGAAAUGGCCCACAAAGUGUUGUCCAAAGAUAUGCAGGAUUUGGUGGCAACAAUGCGAUUAGCACAGCAGUACAGUGAUACAACGCUCGAUAGUGAAUACAGACGAAAUAUGUUGUCAUCCGCGCAUGUACUGGCUAUGGAUGCUAAGAAUCUAUUUGAUGUGGUAGAUUCCAUACGUAGGCGCCAUGGUAUAGCCUCAGCAACGCCAGCACCAUUACAAGAUAGAGCACGUUCGAAUCCGUUAAACUCAACUACGAGUGAUACGCCGAACGCCUACGUGGUGAAGUCGUCUAGUGGACACACCAUAAUGCCGAAUGAGGAGUCAGCUGUAACGCAACUAACCGAAGAUGGUUAUCAAGUAAUGUCAAAUAGUAAAUAUCAAAAUUACAACAAUUUAGUAGUAGUAGGCGAAAAAGACAAAAUUGAUGGUGAAUUGACACAACAACAACAACAGCAAUUACCAAAUAUUGGCAAUUUACAUGUGCAAACGCAUUUGAAUAACGAAGGGAUUGCUAGACGUUCGAACCUCGCAUUUGAGCAUAUUAUGCAUAAUACGAAUGAACAACUACAAAUUGUUGAACAUACAGACAGUUCGGAAUUCGAGCAUUUAUAUUCGAACACUAAUAUUGCUACACAAAAAAGGUGCAACUAAUUUAUGUGUUAAACGCUAGCCGAAUAAAUAUUUAUAGUCAAAACAAAAACAAAAAAAAACGUACUUUACAUACUCGUACAUAAAUACAUACAUAUAUGUAUGUAUGUAAUUUCCACAUAAUACUAAAUUAUGUGAAAACAAAAAAAAAACAAAUUUAUAUACAAUAUUUAUAAUUUUUUUAACAAAAAAAACUCUGUUAUUAUUUCUACUUAACCGUUAGUUUCAUUACGCGCAUACAGUCUUAAAAAUAAUGAGAAAACAUUGACUAAUUUUUAUUUAAUAUAAUUUUAAGUAUACUUGUUUCCACUAAAGAAUUUUUCGAACAUUAACGAUUUUUGUUUUAGGUCUGUUUACACCUAAUUAUUAUGCAUUAACAAUUUGCUGUGACUACGAAAUUUCAAUUAAAUUUAUUAAUGUUAAAGCUUGUUUUGUUUUGUUUAUUUAUUAUUAUGAAAUUUUAUUUGCUUUUUCGUUGUUUAUUACAAUUACCAACCAAUUUCAUUCCGCAUUUUUUUAAUAAAAAAUUAUUGAAAACAAAAACGAACUGCCAUUGAUAGAAACUAGCGACAAAUUUAAACUGCGCAUAUAUUGCAGUUAAAUGCAAGUCGAGCGAAUAUCCACGCUAUAUACGACAAAAUCGAUUUUUUACUGAGUAUUGAACCAAAUUUACUUUUUCCGUGAGCUUGAGAGAUACUUAAAAAAGUGUAUUCUUCGAUUUUCGAAGUUGCCCUCCAAAAUCGAAAUAUUUGUUUUCGAAAAAGACUUAAAAUAAUUAUUAUUAUAUUACUAAAUAUUAUAAAAUCGAUUUGGUUUCGAAGUAAGAAAAAAAAGUUUUUUUUAAUGAUUAUUAUUAAUUACAGGAUAUAUGUACAUAUACGCAACAAACCAUAAUAUGGAAAUAAUCUACAUUUUCCACUUAAUUUAAAGGUUUAUAAAAGUUUUCGAUCAAACUUAUAUGACAGAUGCUUUGAGGGGUCCAGUAUUUUUUUAUUUGUAAAAUUUUUAUUUUUUUUUCGUAGAACUAACUUCUUCUCAUCUUCAUAUCAACCGUUAUAUAAGCUUGAGAAAAAAAUGUAUACACCAUUAAAUUAAGAGAAAAAUAUAGCUAAUAAACUUAUUUUUGAUUUUUUAGUAAUCAUACACUGUUAUUAAUAAGAAUUAUUA